AUGAGGAAGCAUGCACAAAGUUUGGGGAAGGACCUAGCGUUCGAUGAGGCUCAGGCUGACCCGACGACGCAUAUCGAUAAUGAGUACUCAAUGGCUGGGAUUCAAGACCCUAAAAUCAUCGUCACGACGUCUCGCGACCCGAGCUCGAAGUUGCAGCAGUUCGCAAAGGAGAUGCGGCUCGUAUUCCCGAACUCGCAUCGAGUGAACCGAGGAAACUAUGUUAUGAAGGAGCUCGCGGAGGCGUGCAGAGCCAACGACGUUACGGACCUCGUCAUUCUGCAUGAGCAUCGCGGUACCCCAGAUGCGAUGAUUGUCUCCCACCUUCCCCAUGGGCCCACUGUAUUCUUUACGCUACACAACGUCCAGCUCCGGCACGAUAUCAGCACCUACAAGGAGUCCACCGUCUCUGAGCAAUACCCUCACCUCAUCUUCGAAAACUUCAGCUCACAGCUGGGCGAGCGCAUACGGGACGUCCUCAAGCAUCUCUUUCCGGUACCGAAGGAAGACAGCAAGCGGGUGAUGACGUUUUCAAAUGAUGACGAUUAUUUCCUUCCGGCAUCAUGUCUUCGUCAAAUCCCGCCACGCCAAGUGCAGCUCGCGGAGGUUGGCCCGCGGUUCGAGAUGAAACCGUACGAGAUCCGACAAGGCACGAUCGAGCAGACGGAGGCAGAACGCGAAUGGGUUCUCGCACAUUACUCGAGAACAGCAAAAAAGCGGUCAUUGCUGACUGGCCUUCACGCCGUUGACCAGGGCAGAGGAUUCGGAGCAGCCCAAAAAGAAAGCGCGUCGAUAGUUUGA